AUGACAUUCAGCCCAGUCUCCGCAUAUCUCCUAGGCUCAUUAUCCCUUGCCAUAGGCCUCAACAGCUUUGUCAGGCCAUGCGGCGAAUGUGAACGCUUCGGCUUGUCGCUCGAACCCACCCCGUCAACGACAAGCCCGCAAAUCGAGCCCUCCAAGAUCGGCGCUCCAUCUGCCCUAAUCUAUCUCAAGGGCAUUCGAGAAAUCACGUACGGACUGGCCUUGAUCGCGCUGCAGUAUUACGGGCAGGAGACCGCCAUCACGAUUGUCGCCGCCAUUCUCUCAUUAGCUGGACUGGGUGAUGGGUUCAUGGUUUGGAACUACGGCGGCAGCACGCUGAAAAGGAAGGCGUUUGGACAUUGGAUGGCCUGGGUUGUUUUUGCGGGUUGGUCGUGGUGGAGGGCUGUUUCAAUGGCUUGA